AUGAUUUCCAUAUCCAAAAUUAUCUCUAGCGUCAGAGCCGGCAGGCCAGUGUCCACGCAGCACGGCGCCGAUCCCAAUACGGAACAAGCACCCAUGCCCGUCCGGAAGCCCGCCCUGGUGGACCACAGGCCCGAGGUCGAGAGGCUCGCUGAGGCCAUCGACUUGCGCAUCGGAGGCGCGCCCGUCCCGUUCGACGUGCUCCGGGUCAAAGAAAAAGACGGAUGCAAGAUCGUCCACAUAUACGCACACACGCCGGCCGGCGACGACGACGACGACGACGACGACGGCUCGAACGACACAGAGAACGAAAUCGAUAACGCCGGUCCGAGCGCUGAGAUCAAAAUCUGCUUAGCCACGGAGAAGUGGUGGAAGGAUGUCACCGGCGAGAUCAUGUACGUCGCCGACGGCAACUCCGAGGACGGCGGCAAAUUCAUUUCUGCGCUAUUUUAUCUGGCUGAUCUGGACGACGAGGUGGCCGACGUGGUGGCCGACGACAACGACGACGACGACGACGACGACGAGGAGGAGGAGGAGGAGGAGGAGGAGGAGGAUUAUGUCAAGGUCUACCACGAGUUUCAACCUGAGGAGAUCGACCCUUCUAAAGGCCAGGGAGCGCUAGAGUAG